CUCGCCCGGUGUCAUCCUACCAUCAAACAACUACACUCACUCCCAUGCAAGUGCAGACCUCCCAAUGCGAGGAUGCCUGCAGUUAGCCAGGUGGCUGAGCGCAGCGCCGAAAUGCUCUGCUGCUAGCCUACUCCAGCCGCCAUUCGGCCUUUCUUCCUCCGUCCGGUUUUUCGCCAACUCCGCAUCACGCUGCGCCAGAGGUGCCGCCGCCGUCCAGAGAUCCGACCUUGAAAGCAGAAUCGCCGCCAUCCCCAUCGAUCGAUACCGCAAUUUCUGUAUCGUUGCUCAUGUCGACCACGGGAAGAGUACGCUGUCUGACCGCUUGCUGGAACUGACGGGUACGAUCGAACCCGGCAGUAACAAGCAGGUGCUGGACAAGCUCGAUGUGGAGCGCGAACGUGGUAUCACGGUCAAGGCGCAGACAUGCACGAUGAUCUAUAACCACAAGGGAGAGGACUACCUGCUCCAUCUGGUCGACACCCCGGGACACGUGGACUUCCGUGCAGAGGUCUCGCGCAGUUACGCCAGUUGUGGAGGCGCUUUGCUCUUGGUCGACGCUAGUCAGGGCAUUCAGGCGCAGACCGUUGCAAACUUCUAUCUCGCUUUCUCACAGGGGUUGGAGUUGAUUCCCGUCAUCAACAAGGUGGAUCUUCCCUCCGCCGAGCCGCAGCGUGCCCUCGAACAAAUGAAACAUUCUUUCGAACUGGACACGGAGAGUGCAGUGUUGGUCUCGGCAAAGACUGGUCUCAAUGUGGAGAAACUGCUUCCUACGGUGGUGGAUCAGAUUCCCGCCCCUGUCGGUGACCCCACCAAGCCCCUUCGCAUGCUUCUCGUCGAUUCCUGGUACGAUUCUUACAAGGGUGUGAUCUGCUUAGUCCGCGUCUUCGACGGUGAGAUUCGGGCUGGUGACCAGCUUGUUUCUUUUGCCACCGGUCUCAAGUACUAUGUUGGUGAAGUCGGCAUCAUGUACCCGAACGAAACCCCCCAGACGGUGCUUCGUGCUGGCCAAGUCGGUUACAUCUUCUUCAACCCUGGUAUGAAGCGGAGCAAGGAAGCCAAGAUCGGCGACACUUAUACCAAAGUGGGAUCAGAGAAGCUUGUGGAGCCGCUUCCCGGUUUCGAAGAGCCCAAGUCGAUGGUUUUCGUAGCCGCCUACCCUGUUGAUGCGGAUCAUUUCGAGCACCUGGAGGAUAGUAUCAACCAGCUCAUGCUCAACGAUAGAAGUAUCACGGUGCAGAAGGAGUCCUCGGAGGCCUUGGGUGCCGGUUUCCGCUUGGGUUUUCUGGGAACUCUCCACUGCUCCGUUUUUGAGGAUCGUCUGCGCCAGGAACACGGAGCCAGUAUCAUCAUUACCCCCCCGUCAGUUCCCGUGAAAAUCGUCUACAAAGACGGCCGAGAGGAGAUCAUUAGCAAUCCGGCCAAGUUCCCCGACGAUGAAUCUGCACGCGCAAAAGUGUUGGAAUUCCACGAGCCCUACGUCACGGCUACUCUGACUUUCCCGGAUGAGUACCUUGGCAAGGUCAUUGAACUCUGUGAAAACAACCGUGGAGAACAGAAGAGUCUCGAAUAUUUCACCUCUACUCAGGUUAUUCUGAAGUACGAACUUCCCUUGGCGCAACUGGUCGACGAUUUCUUUGGCAAACUCAAGGGCAACACCAAGGGCUACGCCUCGCUGGAUUACGAAGAGUCUGCUUGGAGACAGAGCAACAUCGUCAAGCUGCAGCUCCUGGUCAACAAGGCCCCUGUGGAUGCUGUCGCUCGCAUUGUUCAUUAUAGUCAAGCAGAUCGACUUGGCCGGCAAUGGGUGACCAAGUUCAAGGAGCAUGUGGAUCGUCAGCUGUUCGAGAUUGUCAUUCAGGCAGCCAUCGGACGCAAGAUCGUGGCUCGUGAGACGGUGAAGCCCUAUCGCAAGGAUGUUCUGGCCAAGCUUCAUGCUAGUGAUGUCAGUCGACGUCGGAAGCUGCUGGAGAAGCAGAAAGAGGGACGUAAGAGACUGCGGGCUGUGGGUAACGUGUCACUGUCAUCUUGCCAUGAUCAUCAUUUGACCACCGUGAUGCAGCCUCCAGAAGGUGUGCAGGUCGACCUGGGCAAGGCCCAGGUCAUUGAUCGUGUCCCCAAAGUCAUUAAGGAACUGAAAUUCGGUGUUCUAUCCAACGACGAUAUCGUCAGCCAAGGUGUGGUGGAAGUCUCCGACCGGAAAUUCUUCGAUCUCGAACAUGACCGAGCUGUGGUCGCCAAUGGCCCCCUCGACGCGCGCAUGGGUAUUUCGAACAAAACCUCAACAUGUCAGACCUGUGGUGGUGCCCUCCAGGUCUGCAACGGACACUUCGGUCAUGUCAGGCUCGUCUUGCCUUCCUUUCACGUCGGUUACUUUAAGCGAGUUAUUACCAUCCUACAAGAAAUCUGCAAAGAAUGUUCGCACAUCCUCCUCCCCGAAGCCGAUCGCCGUGCCUUCCUCCGCGAAAUGCGUCGCCCCGGCCUGGACAACCUGCGACGGAUGCAGAUCGCCAAGCGGAUCAACGAGCGGUGCAAGAAGACCCGCAACUGCGAGAACUGUGGUGCGGUGAACGGUGUGGUCAAGAAGGCGGGUACCAGCGCGCUGAAAAUCACCCACGACAAGUUCCGUGCCUUCAACGCCUCGACCUCCGUCAAGAAGGUGCCCCCGCCAAGUAAGAUCGUCUUCGACCGGUCUUUCGACGAAGCGCGCAUGUCGAAUGCAGAGGUCGAGAAGCAUUAUAAGAAGGCUCAGGAUGACAUGAACGCGCUGCGAGUGCUCAAUCUUUUCAAGAAAAUCUCCGACACCGACUGCGAGCUGUUGGGUCUGGAUCCGAAGGAAGCCCGGCCGGAGAUGUUCCUUUGGCAAUUCAUCCCAGCGCCCCCGGUCUGUAUUCGUCCCUCCGUGGGUCAGGACGCGGCGUCGACUGAGGACGAUCUGACUGCCAAGUUGGGGGAUAUUGUUCAGAGUAACAUCAACCUCAAGAAUGCACUGUUGAAGGGUGCGCCGGUUCAGACUAUUAUGGAAUGCUGGGACUACAUGCAACUGCAGAUUGCCGUGUACAUCAACAGUGAUGUUCCGGGUCUGAACAAGGCAGAUCUAGGAAAGCCUAUUCGAGGUUUCGUGCAGCGCUUGAAGGGAAAACAGGGUCGUUUCCGUGGUAACUUGUCUGGAAAGCGUGUCGACUUCUCCGGUCGUACUGUCAUUUCUCCUGAUCCUAAUUUGCGCGUUGAUGAGGUCGCUGUUCCUGAGCUUGUGGCGAAGAACAUGACUUAUCCGGAGGUGGUCACUCGCUACAACAAGGAGAAAUUGCAGCAGAGAGUCCGCAACGGAACGAAAAAGUGGCCGGGAGCGAACUACAUCACCAAGAAGGGACAGACUUUCAAGCUCUUCCUCAAGUAUGGUAAUUUGAACAUGAUCGCAGAUCAGCUCCAAGAGGGAGAUGUUAUUGAGCGUCAUAUUGAGGAUGGUGAUAUUGUUUUAUUCAACCGUCAGCCUUCGCUGCACAAGCUCAGUAUUCUUUCUCACUUUGCCAAAGUCCGCCCACACCGGACUUUCCGCUUGAACGAGUGUGUUUGUAAUCCUUACAACGCCGAUUUCGAUGGUGACGAGAUGAACUUGCACGUUCCUCAGACGGAAGAAGCGCGUGCGGAAGCUAUGGAACUUAUGGGCGUCAAGAACAAUUUGGCCACGCCCAAGAACGGAGAGCCUAUCAUUUCUGCUAUCCAGGAUUUCAUCAGUGCUGCUUACAUUCUCAGUAGCAAGGACAACUUUUUCGACCGCCGCACUUUCUCGCAAAUCUGUCUUUACAUGCUUGGUCCUCAAACCCGCUUUGAUCUUCCUCCUCCCGCCGUGUUGAAACCUCAGAUGCUGUGGACUGGAAAGCAAGUCUUCAAUAUCCUCAUGCGGCCGAACAAGGAUGAUCCGUGCUUGGUCAACCUGGAUGCCGCCUGCAGAGAGUUCAAGAUGCCAAAAGAUGGGACUCCCAAGGAUCUCGACCCCAAGGAUGGUUGGCUCGUCAUUCGCAACUCUGAAGUCAUGUGUGGUGUGAUGGACAAGUCUACUAUUGGUUCUGGAAAGAAGGAUAACGUGUUCUAUAUUAUGCUGAGAGAUUACGGUCCGGCGGCGGCAGCCGAGGGUAUGAAUCGCUUGUCGAAGUUGUCUGCCCGUUGGUUCACAAACAUGGGCUUUUCUAUCGGUAUCACGGACGUCUACCCCAGCGAGAAACUUCUGGCUUCGAAACAUGAUCUGGUCGAGACUGCCUACGCAGCUUGUGACGAGGUCAUUGCCAAGUACAAGGCCGGUACGCUGGAGAAGUACCCCGGUUGUGACGAGUUGCAAACUAUGGAGAACCAAUUGUCUGGUAUUCUGAGUAAGGUCCGUCAACAGGCCGGUGACGAGUGUAUUGCACAGCUGAGCAAGUAUAACUCCCCUUUGAUCAUGGCGACAUCCGGAUCCAAGGGUUCUAGCAUCAACGUGUCUCAGAUGGUUGCUCUGGUCGGUCAGCAGAUUAUCGGUGGUCAACGUGUGCAAGACGGCUUCCAGGAUCGUACCCUGCCUCACUUUCCGAAGAAUGCCCGCCAGCCUCCUUCGAAGGGUUUCGUGAGAAACAGUUUCUUCUCGGGGUUGACUCCCACGGAAUUCAUCUUCCACGCCAUGUCCGGUCGUGAAGGUCUUGUCGAUACUGCUGUCAAGACAGCCGAAACCGGUUACAUGUCUCGUCGGUUGAUGAAGUCUUUGGAAGAUCUCUCCACCAGAUACGACGACACUGUCCGCAACUCGUCUGCAGCGAUUGUCCAGUUUCAGUACGGUGACGACAAGCUGGACCCCGUGGACAUGGAGGGUAAAGCCAAGCCUGUCCAUUUCGACCGGACCUUUAUCCAUUCCGAAUCCAUCACUUAUUCGAACGAAGAACCGAGUUUGCUUCCGGCUGAAAUUAUGGAGGUUUGCGAGGAGAUGCUGUCGAAAGAGCGUGCCAAGCUGGUGCGAAAGGAUUUGAUGGGCAACACCCUGGGUUAUAUGGAUCGCAGUGAUCACGGCAUUGACCAGUUCGAGAGUGCUCGCGAUUUCCUGGAAUCUAUUCAGCAGUACGUUGCCACCAAGGCGGAGAAGCUUAUUUCUCGCGGUGGUGACAUUGACCCCUCCGACGAGAGAAGUCAAAAGGGUCUCAACCACACUGGCAAGCUGACCGAGCGCACCCUGCGGACUUUCAUCACUGAAUGCUUGAUGAAGUAUAAGAAGGCCCAGGUUGAAGCCGGCCAUGCUGUUGGUGCUGUCGGUGCUCAGUCUAUUGGUGAACCCGGUACCCAGAUGACGUUGAAGACUUUCCACUUUGCUGGUGUUGCCGGUAUGAGUAUCACUCAGGGUGUGCCCCGUAUCAAGGAAAUUAUCAACGCGUCCAAGGAGAUCAGUACGCCCGUCGUUUCUUGCGAGUUGGUCACCAAAGACAACAUCAUUGCCGCCCGUAUUGUCAAGGGUCGUAUUGAGCAGACGUACCUGCGCGAUAUCAUUCACUACAUCCGCGAGACGUGGACCGGCAAGGAAGCCUAUAUUACUGUCAAGAUUAACUGGAAGACCAUUCAAGAUUUGGCGUUGGAGUUGAAGAUUGAGAACAUUCUUGCUGCGAUUAAGAGUCAUAAGCGGUUCAAGGCCGACGAUCUCAAGUUCCGCUGCUCGCGGUCCCACAUCCACGUCUACAUGGACGUCGAGCCGUCCAGCAAAGCCUCUCUGUCCAAGACGGAGAUUGCGCACACGAGUGCAGAUCCGUUCCUGCGCUUGAAGCACUUAAAGCGGAUGCUCCCGGACAUCCAGGUGCUCGGUCACCCGCAGGCCUACCGUGCGAUCAUCCGAACGGAUGAGACAUCGACUACCAAUACGCUUCUGGUGGAAGGUUACGGAUUGAGAGCGUGUAUGACCACGAUGGGAGUUGACGGACUGCGCACGAAGACCAACAACAUCAUGGAGAUGCGCGAGGUGCUGGGUAUCGAAGCGGCGCGGUCGACGAUCGUCCAGGAAAUCAGCGAGGUUAUGAAGGACAUGGACAUUGAUCCUCGACACAUGCAGCUUCUGGCCGACGUCAUGACCUACAAGGGUGAAGUGUUGGGUAUUACGCGAUUCGGUCUCGCCAAGAUGCGUGACUCGGUGCUGCAGCUGGCGUCCUUCGAGAAGACGGCAGACCAUCUGUUCGAUGCCGGUGGUGCUGGUCGGACGGACUUGAUUGAAGGUGUGUCUGAGUGUAUCAUCAUGGGCAAGACGGUGUCGCUGGGUACCGGUGCCAUGGAGGUGGUGCGCAAGAUGAAUUUCUACGAGGGACAAAUUGGGCCGAGAAAGACGACGUUCGAGGACGCAUGGACGGACGUCUACGAGGCCCCUCUUGAGCGCGCGCGGGCAAAGCGCAAGGCGCGUGCUUGAGGGUGAAGGCCGAGGAGUGUAUAAAAGGCAUUUGAUUCUGGACGGAAAAGUCGGUCGCAUACCAGGCGUUUAGUAGUGUACUGUAUAGUCAUGAUUUAGCGAUUACGCGGACGGCUGUCUUGAUACAGCAGAUGG